AUGUUGCAUUUUAAAAUACAUUUAACAAUUUGCCUAAUAUAUCUUAUAAUAAAUACUAAAAUUGAGGCCCGACCAAUUCAAGAAAUAACAGAAACGAGAGCUACACCAGAAACUCAAAUACCACCAGGUUUUUCUUCAUCAACUAACGAAGACUUAAAACCCAGUGAAGUUCAAAAAGCUGUAUGUACGGUGACAUCGGGCGAUGUUAGGGCCAGUGCAGAGGCCUUUACCACCAGAGAAUUAAAAGGAGUUUGUGGUUCAACUGAAAUGUUAAAAGCUUUCAGUGAUUUAGAGCAAAGAUUAGGACAAGAAUUGCUGGACAUAAGAAAACUGGUAACAGAUCUACAUCGACAAUUAGUCAUUAAAAGUGCUGAGAAAAAAAAUCUUACUGAAACAUCUCAAGAACCAUUAACAUCAGCUGGUGGUAGCAGCAGCAGCCUGAAUGUAACACCCGCCAUAUUUAAGCUUCAACCAAUUCCAAUAGAAAACAAACAGCAAAAAACCAAUGAAAUCAGUAAAAAUUAUUAUUUAACACCGAAAUUAAAGUCUUUGCAAUCAAAAGAUCACAAUGCCUUAAAUACACCCAUAAGGGAGCAGGAAGUAUCAAAAUACAAUAAUACUCUUAUAACAAAUAAAGAUGUUAAAGUGUAUACAUACUACUGGAGAAUGGAGAAUUUUACCGAGAACAUUAAAAAUGCUAACAGUUUAAGUAUGGAAAGUCCUAUAUUUUCUAUUAGAGGUAAAGCUUUUAAAAUCAAAGCCUAUUUUCAACAUUUGCAUCGAGAUUUUCUUUAUCUACAAUUGGAAGACUAUUCAUCGGCUCCCCAGCUAAGUUUGGGCAAUAGUAUUAUUUUAGAUACUGGCGGCCUAUUUAAGGAAAUCAAUAGUAGUGACAAUUUUAAAUAUAAAAUGUCUAUAUUGGAUCAGAAUAAGAAACGUUCCUCGGAUUUGGUUUCCCAAGAAUUUGACAAUCAUGACAGUGGAUUUUUGAUACCAAAUAGUGCUUUAAUUGAUAGUACAUUUAUUAAGGAUGAUUCUUUGUUAAUACAAAUAUUUUUAUAUCUGUAAUAAUUUGUUGUGAAAUUUAA